CUCGGCCAAUCAGAGCGCCGCCUUCCCAGGGCAGAGCUCUCACUCUGGGAGAGAGGGCGGCGGGGGGACCCUUUGCUUUCCUUCCUUCCUUCGUUCAUCCUUCUCCGGAGCCUUGGCCAUGAGCGGGGCCCCAUCCUUCCUGGGCGCCGCGGAGGUGGAAGCCUCCCUGCCCCGCGCCAGCCUCCUCCUCGCCCCGCUGGAAGCCGCCCUGGCAGACUUCUCCAAGGGAAGCGCCGGAGGAGUGGUCCAACCUGUCCGCACCGUGGUGCCAAUCCGCAACUAUAGCGGCUUUUUAGGGGUCAUGCCCGCUUACAGCGCCAACGAAGAUGCCCUGACAACCAAGCUGGUGACCUUUUACGAGAACUCCAAGGACCCCACGGUUCCUUCCCAUCAAGCUACCGUCCUCCUGUUUGAUCCCAGCAAUGGCUCCCUCCGAGCUGUCAUGGACGGCAGUGUCAUCACAGCCAAGCGGACGGCUGCUGUUUCUGCCAUCGCCACCAAGCUCCUAAUGCCAGCGAAUUCUGAAGUAUUGUGCAUCCUAGGCGCUGGAGUUCAGGCCUACAGCCACUAUGACAUUUUCACUGAAUUAUUUUCCUUUAAGGAGGUGAGGAUCUGGAACCGCACUGAAGAGAGAGCCCAGAAGUUUGCUAACUCUGUUGAUGGGCCGGUGCGGGUCUGCUCUUCCGCUCAGGAGGCUGCAAGCGGAGCUGAUGUGAUUGUUACGGUCACAAUGGCAACAAAGCCCAUUUUACACGGAGAGUGGGUGAAACCUGGGGCCCAUAUCAAUGCCGUAGGUGCCAGCAGGCCAGACUGGCGGGAACUGGACAAUGAUAUCAUGAAGAAUGCUAUAUUGUACGUGGAUUCAAGGGAGGCCGCCCUGCGUGAAUCGGGAGACGUUAUUUUAUCAGAGGCUGAGAUUACUGCAGAGUUGGGUGAGGUCUUGUUGGGAACAAAGCCUGCUCUGCGUGAGAAAACCACCGUGUUCAAGUCCCUGGGCAUGGCGAUUGAAGAUACGGUAGCGGCAAAAUUGGUCUUCGAUUCCUGGUCAGCUUCCACCUGAAAUGAAGAUCUGUGACUGUCCUGAACAACAAAGCAAUAAAGUAGCAUUUGGGGUUGUGCCCCCUCCCCCCAAAAAAACCCCUAUCCUCCCAUUUAGCUGGAUCGUCUUGUUAAAGACUGUGAACGUUGCCAUCCUGUACACAGUUAACUGGGAGCACAAUGUUGUUCUCAGUGGCAUUUACUUCCAAGUAGAGAUGCCUAUGAUUGCAGUACCAUUCUUACUAUUUGAUAGAAAGGGUUUUUUUUAGGAUCAAAGAAUUAUAUAGAUAAGAGCAUUAGCUUUUGUGACAUGAAUCCUAUUGCUUUCCUUGGGUAUGCUUCCAACUCUUGACUUACACUUAGUGUGAUGUAAAUAGAUUUUUUGUCUCUUUGGGUAAGCUAAUACGAAAGCAUUGUGUCUUUAUUUGGGGAAAAAAACAUAACUGGAUAAUGUAACUCGUUAAAAACAUAUUUUCAAGUUUAUUCUGGUGGCUUCGAUUUCAAAUUCAAAGGAUUCCAAAGCUUUUUUCGCAUCAGUAUUCAGUUCAUUUGGGUUGAGAGGAUACCCCGGUGGCACAACUCUUGUGCCGGCAGGACUGCUGACCAAAUGGUUAGCUGUUCAUAUCUGGGGAGCAGGGUGAGCUCCCAUCUGUCAGCUCCAGCUCCUCAUGCAGACACAUGAGAGAAGUCUCCCACAGGAUGGUAAAACAUAUGGGUGUCCCCUGGGCAAUGUCCUUGCAGUCGGCCAAUUCUCUCACACCAGAAGCAACUUGUAGUUUCUCAAGUUCUGACACACAAACACACAAACCUGGGCUGAGAAGUCUAGAGAAAAAGUGCACAACACCCUUGCAGAUGGCCAGUUCUCUCACACUAGAAGCGACUUGCAGUUUCUCAAGUUGCUCCUGACACACACACCCAAAAAAAUUUGGGCUGAGAAGUUCAGAGAAAAAGGUCUGAGAAUGUGUAGUGUAUUUUGGGAUGAUGCUAUGCCAUUAGAGCAGGUAUGGGUGAAACCAGGUCCAGGAGCUGAAUGCAGUUCCUUGGGCUCUUUUCUCAGGCCUUCCUCUCUCUCACCAUCCUAUCCUUCCUUCCUUCUCUUUUUUCUUCCUCUUUUGCACCCUCCCUUCCUUCCUUGCCUCCCUCUUUCUCCUUCCCUCCUUCCCUUCUACCCUUUUGUCCUUUCUUCCCUCUUUCCUCCCUCCAUCCCUCUCUUUCUACCCUUCCAUCCAUCCAUCCUCUUCCAUCCUCUUCCUCCCUCCCUCCCUUCUCAUUUUCCUUCCUCCUUCCCUUCCUUCCUUAUCUCCCUCUUUCUCCCUC